CGAUUGUUAGUGGACAUCACCACACAGGUCGACGACUGGAACGCCAAGGUGGCCGCCGACAACAAGGUGAAAGAAGCUAAGCAGCUUGCAAUCGAGAACUCAGGUGAUCUCAUGCGUCGUCUUGCUAUGAACGAAAUCGACGAAGAUGAUACAAAUACGGAGGAUGACGACAUUUCUACGGACGGCAAAUACACCCAAGCUCAACAAAAGCUGGGAAAGAAGCGGUUAACUCGACCAGGGAGUGCUCAAAAAGGAAAAAUUACCAAACGUGAACGCUUAGCUGUCGUUAUGGAUGCUCUAACAGAGAGCCUGAAGUCAGCGAGCGGAGAAGACAACUCCAAGUACGAGUACAAAACGCAGCGACUUGCGUUUGAAAAAGAACAAGCUGAGCUACAACUCAAGCACAAGGCUGAAGAAGCUAAACGACGUCGCAAGCACGAGUUAGAACUCGAAGAUCGACGCCGAAAAGCUGAUGAGGAGAGCGAAAAGCGCAUGUUCGACUUCUUCCGAACAAUGCUGAACCAGACCAACAGUAAAUAGUAAUUUUCUGAAUUGAACAACUGCUUAGUCUGAGAGCCAAGAUAUACGUCUGAGAGCUAAGAUAUACAUCUAGCGUAGGAGGCAUUAAUCCAAAAAACAUGGAGAUUUGGUUGCCU